AUGCGACGUCGUGAACGGCAGCUGUCCCUUAAAGACCCAAUGAGCGAAAGCACAACAUCGAGUAGUGUGUUUAUGCGACGUCGUGAACGGCAGUUUAUGGAUAAAUGGCGACGUCGAAGUGUCCCGGCAUCACUGAGAACUGCAUUCACUGAUGAUGUGAUGAGGAUCCUUCAGAAGGAUGGACAUCUGAUCCGAGUAGAGACCGAUGCGGUGAGUGCCUUUGGAUUCUUUCACAGUGUGCGAACAGUCAGCAACGAGAUGUGA